GCAUCGUUAACUCAUAUAGACAGCUCCGACAGAUGUCUUCAGCGGCUGCUCCUGCUACGAUCAUGUCUUGUGAUAGCUAGUAUCAGCCUCUUUCUCGUUAACAGAUCUCGACUGUCACUAUCUUCACCAUCCCAACAUGUCCUCCUCCUCUGCCUCGGCAGCAGUAGCCGAGGUCCUUCGACAGCCAGACGACCUGGUCAAGAUAGCAGCGUUUCGGAAAAAGCUCUUGAAAGAGAAGGCUGCGCUUGAUGCAAAGCUAUCUGCUGGAGUGAAAGCUCAGCUCGAAGCGACUCGUGAUGCUUUGCUCAAGCUUCAAGCUAGCCGAGCGGCCGUCAGCUUGAUCAGGGAGGAGAUGCUGGCAGUGGAAAAGCUCAAGGGGGAUGAGGAGUCUAACGAGGCCUUUGACAAGAUAACGAGGGUCUCCACUGUUCAUCGCAACUUUCAGCAGACGGCCAAGAUGGUGAACAACCUACGAUCCAUGGCAGAGAAAGUCCAGUACAUUGCGACCCUACUAGCCGACGAUCAGUCUCAACCCGGUGGUCCUGUGGGGCCAUCACCCAAUCUCCUACCUAUUCAUUUCCAACUCCAACAACUGGAAGCGUUUCGGAACGAGACCAUGCAUCAAGCGCGUAAAGGUGACGCGGGGGAGAUGAAGACUCUGAGUGGAAUGUUUGAGAAUCUUGACAUGGUCGGUCAAGAAUUUGAAAAGUGGUUAUGGGAGAUCAGCGGGAGGGUCGUGGAUCUCGCUAGGAAGGGCAAUGGAGGGGUCGUUGUGAGAUUGUUGAAGAUUGUCGAGUUUGAGGGCAAGGAGGAUGAAAAGGCCGUGGCAAUGCGUCUCGUCCGCAAAGUAGCGACGGCCGAUGCUGCGUCCAAAUUCAAGUCCAUGCAAGCCAACGCCCGAGUGAUCAAGAACUAUCGACACAAGCUCCUUGACGCCAUGACCGCAUCGAUACGCCAGACAUUCGAUCGACAUUUUGAAGCGAACGAGGAGGACAUGCUUGGCUUCAUUGAAGGACUUGGAUUCAUCUACAAGGAUGUCAUUCGUAUACACGAUGAUGUGGUACCUCUCUUCCCGGAAGACUACGAGAUCGAGAAGUAUCUGGUCAAAGCUUAUCACAAAGCAUUGAACGACACGCUAGUCAAGGUCGUCGCUUCAGCACCAGAGGCCAAGGUCUUGUUGGAACUUCACGCAUGGAUCAAAGAGUACAGAGGAAGUAUGAAAGAGCUCGACGUCCCGCAGGAAUGGCUUCAACCACCCUUGCUCGACGGCAAGAGCCAAGAUCUUAUCGAAGAUUAUGUCAAGCUGAUCGUGACUAAAUUGGACGAAUGGACCGUGAAUCUCAUGGCUCAAGAGACUGGAAAAUUCCAGUGGAGGACGCAGGAACCGGAGCAAGGGGACGAUGGGCAAUUUGGAAUGGAGGGUGUUGUCGACUUUUUCGCCUUGGUCAAUCAACAAUGCGAUCUCGCUCUCGACUCGAACCAAGGAGCUGUCCUGGCUCGAGUCGUCACUGAAUGUGCGAAUGUCAUGCGGAAGUGUCAAGCCGAGUGGUUGAAAAUUGUAGCGGAUGAAGCUCGAUUCCAAGUGGAGAAGAAGCCAGAGGAAGUGCCUGGUGGAUUGGUCGAAUACGUGGUCGCUCUUGCCAAUGAUCAGCUCAAAUCGGCCGAUUACGUCGAAGCCAUGAUCAAUCGCUUGGAACCAUUAGUGUCGGCGAAAUACAAGCAAGUCAUCAGUGAACAAUUGAACGGAGCCAUCGAUGGAUACCUCGAUGUGGCAAAGAAAUGUACGUCCGCGUUGGUUGAUUUUGUUUUCAACGAUCUUCGACCCGCUACGAGCGCUUUGAUCACGCCGAAAUGGUAUAGCGAAGGAUUGAUUCAACAGAUUAUCGAGACAAUGCGAGAUUAUAUGGGAGACUAUCAAGCGCAUCUAAACCCUUCGAUAUUCGACAUUCUCGUAGAAGAUCUUCUCGACGCAUUCCUCAUCGCAUACCUGUCGGCUUUGAGGCGAUCAUCCAACAAUGCCAUCAAGAUGCCAUCAGGCGUGCAAAAGAUCAAGUCGGAUAUAUCCGCCGCGUUUGAUUUCUUCUCGACGUUCAAACAACCUCAAGAUCUCGAAAAUAACUUUGAGGUGGUUGAUCUCACCAUCAGCAUGCUCGAGGCCUCAUCCCAGAUGGUGUUUAUGGAUUACUGGAAUUUCGCCAAGAAGCAUGGCCCACAAUUACCAUUCGUCGAGAGUCUCAUGAGGGCCAGGGAGGAUUUCGACAGAAAUACAGUCAGCGACGUCAUGGAGACGUUGAGGAGAAAGGUCAGAGAGGAAGAUAUCAGGGAUCCUGAGGAGCCUACCAUCAUGAUCAAGGUCACUGCCAAAGGCACCAGUCUUCUGUCGUCCCUUCCGACUAUCCCGAACCUAUCAGGUCUGAGAGAAGUGGCUGGAACAUAUGCAGACAGGAUACGAGACCUGAGAGAUGGUCUCCAGUAGUGACCGCGAGCUCGCGCAAAGCGGACUGCAGACUGGGACGACCAAUACUCUUCUUCAUCAUACUUUACAGUAACACUGCUAGGCGGCAUGUUGUAGCAUCAUGACAU